UCAAUCAAAUAUACAAUGGACUCCAAGGGCGCAGCUCCACCAUAUCCACAGGCUCCACCAGCAUACGCUGAAGCACAGCAGCCGCCACCAACAAUUAUUUAUCCACCAACACAAAUGCCACAACAGGGACCGGGACAGGGACCGGUCUAUGUGGUUCAACAACCGCAGGAAAUUAUCAUCGUCGGCACAAAAAUGGCUCCAUCCUUCGAGCCGUACACCGAGUUCUGUCCUCGUUGUAAUACAAAUGUAUGCACCAGAGUCGAGCGUACAAUGGGCUUCUGCUCAUGGACAAUGCUCUUCCUUGGGCUCUUCGUGUUCUUCCCACUUCUGUGCUGCUUCUGCCUUGACGGAUUCAAAGAUUCGAGACAUUCAUGUCCAAAUUGUGGAACUAUUCUCUCUUAUAAGAGAAGAUAAUUUUUUCCCAAAAAAUUCUGAAAUCUGUAAAUUCUGUCUUCCCCAUUGAAUCCCGUUGAAUCCAAAUACCAAAUCUCCAAUUAUUUUUUGAAAUUUUUCAAUGAAAAUUUCAUUUGGUU